AUGAGCUACCUGGAGGCCCGGUGCAGGGAGGUGGACGAGCAGGGCCAACAGCUGCAACCGCUCUACGGCAUUCACGGCGAGGCUCACCUGCCCGAGUUUGAGCUCGACCACUUGGAGGGCUACAAAGGUUCACGCCCUGUCCGAGUUGGUAAUGGCGCCUACAACCAAGUGCAGAUGGACAUCUACGGAGAGCUGCUGGACUCGGUGUACAUCUACAACAAGUUCUCUCCGAUCAGCUACGACCUGUGGUGCUAUAUCCGCAAGAUUGUUGACUUUGUGGCCGACAAUUGGCACCUCAAGGACCACGGAAUGUGGGAGGUGCGCGGAGACAAGCAACACUUCGUGUAUUCGAAGGUCAUGAUGUGGGUGUGCCUCGACCGUGGCGUGCGACUAGCCGACAAGUACUCCAAAUCGGCACUGAACAAGGAGAAGUGGCAGCGAAGUCGAGAUCAGCUUUACGAGGCAGGCAAGGACGGCCUCACCGGAGGCGAAGGAACGUUCAACAUGUGCACGUUCUGGUUGAUCGAAGCGUUGUCGCGGGCGGGAGACAAGGACUGCAGGAAGCUUCGCGAGGCGCAGCUCAAGUUCGAGGAGAUGCUCACCUACGCCAACCACCUCGGGCUCUACGCCGAGCAGACGGGAUACACGGGGCUCGCCCUGGGCAACUUCCCCCAGGCCUUCACCCACUUGGCCCUCAUCUCUGCCGCCUUCAACCUCGACAAGCGCCUCUGA